CGAGACGCGCGGGAGGGGGAGGGGGGGAGAAAGCUCGCGCCGAGGGAGAAAGCGAGGCGGGGGGCCGCGGAAGUGCGGUGAAGCGGCGGCGGCGGGGUCGAGCGGGGCAGGCUUCCCCGUCGCCCGCCCCUCGGCCCGGGCGCCCUGGGGCGGCGAGAGCAGCAUGGCCGCCAGCCUGUGGAUGGGAGACCUGGAGCCCUAUAUGGAUGAGAACUUCAUUUCAAGAGCUUUUGCUACUAUGGGACAACUAGUCCUGAGUGUGAAGAUAAUUCGGAAUAGAUUGACAGGGAUUCCAGCAGGCUAUUGCUUUGUAGAAUUUGCUGAUCUGGCCACAGCAGAAAAAUGUUUACAUAAAAUCAACGGGAAGCCCCUUCCUGGUGCCACCCCUACAAAGCGCUUUAAAUUAAACUAUGCCACAUAUGGGAAGCAACCUGAUAACAGCCCAGAAUAUUCCCUGUUCGUUGGGGAUCUUUCCCCUGAUGUAGAUGACGGGAUGAUAUAUGAAUUUUUUGUAAAAGUAUACCCAUCAUGUCGGGGUGGAAAAGUGGUCGUGGAUCAGACGGGUGUUUCCAAAGGCUAUGGUUUUGUGAAAUUCUCAGAUGAACUGGAGCAAAAAAGAGCACUGGUAGAGUGCCAGGGAGCUGUCGGCCUUGGUUCUAAGCCAAUACGCUUGAGCGUUGCCAUACCAAAAGCUAAUCGGUUGAAGAUGGUGGAGUACAAUCAGAUGUACAACUAUAACUAUAGCCAGUACUACCAACAAUAUCAGAACUACUAUGCCCAUUGGGGAUAUGAUCAAAACACCGGCAGUUACAGCUACAGCUACCCACAAUAUUGCUACACACAGAACACCAUGCAGACAUAUGAAGAAGUGGGUGAAGAUGCAUUAGAAGGCUUCCUUCCGUUGGCAGAUCCGAUGCCCCAGACGGAUGUGAGUGAAGCCAACAAGCAGUUUAUGGAGCAGAGUGAAGAACUCUACGAUGCCUUGAUAGAAUGCCAUUGGCAGCCUUUGGACAGCGUGUCUUCGGAGCUCCAAGCUGCAUAAUUGCCCAUGUUGCUGAUAAUGCUCCCUCCGAGCCGUGUGCCAGCGGGCCUUGGAUCCCUGCCAAAGCGCAUGGAAGUUGCAGCUGCAAACGGACUCGUCCCUCUCUCUCCACCAGAUUCUCAAGUCAAGGAUGCAGAGGACAGCUUUGGGUUCUUCCUGCACUCGUGGAGCAGCAGACAGUAGCAGAGGAGAAUUGUGGUCACAUUUAUUUGAGAUGAAAUUAGAACUCGGGGACUUAGUUUUAUUUCUUCUCCCUUCCCCCCCACCCACACCCCCUGUUGAUCUGAAGGCAAGACUUGUUUAUCCCAGCCAAGAAGUUCUAAUUUAUGAACUAAAUAAAAGAUGGGAAAUCUUAAUUCCAAGUACAAUAAAAAAUAUAUAUAUAUAUAUAUUUCAUGCAGGUGGGGUAUCUGGUGUUCUCCAUAGGGUAAACGGGAUCAGGAGUCUGAAGCAGGUCCAUGUAAUAGGUCCAUAAGCCCUUUCUUUUUCUUUGCUGAAAUAAAACUCCGCAGAAAUUAUUUUGAAGCAAAACCGCACCAUAAAGGAAAAAAAAAAUUUUUUUGAGGGAGCAGGCGGAAUAACCUGGGCCAACUUUUAGCAAUUUCUGAAAAGGAUACAAAUUCUACAUUUUGAAGCAUGUAGAGGCAACUUCUGUUAAAACAACCAGAUAUUCUGUUUUAAUAUGAAGAGUCUAGGGGGAUCAGAGAAAAUUUUAAUUGUGUACUCCAUAGCUGGAAUAAUAUCACUGGGAGUCACUGAAAGGAUGCAUCAGCGUUUCCUUGAACUUCAAAACUCUGCUAGUAACAGUCGAAGAAAAGAAAAGAGAAAUAUAAUUCCCCCUCAAAUGAGGUCUGGCAUUUCACUCAUGAGCUGUGCAGUUUGAAGGCAGUCUGAAUGUGAAGAUAAUGAGUUAAAUACAGUAAUUAUUGACAGGUUCCUAGUGUCUGAUUACAGGUGGAUUGGAUUGAGAUGGGCAACUAUAAUGAAUAAAUAAAUGAUCUUGCAUUCAAAGAAUAGAAGUUGCUUCCCUCAGUUUUGAAUACAUAGAUACUGUCCUUUAUAUCAGGGGUCUCCAACCUUGGCAACUUUAAGUCUUGUAGACUUCAGCUCCACAAGUCUUAAAGUUGCCAAGGUUGGAGACCCCUGCUUUAUAUUAUCUCUGUUAUAAGGUGCAGAGAAGGGUGGGGAUUUUGAAGCUUUGAGCAAAGCUGGGCCAGUUUUAUAAAUUGGCAUUUUGAGUAUCUCUAGGUAGUCUGAGAUUUCUUGCUUGUUGCUGUACAAGUUGUACUGUUAAUAGGACGGUUCCCACAGCUACACUGCGUUUAUUGUAGUGAUGAUUAAAGGAAAAUUGCUAAAAGCCAAACAGGCCUUAACGUCUCCAGUGGAUGUCCACCUAGUUAAAAUUUCUGCAGGGAAAGGAAAAUGCGUGCAUUUAUUGCAGGGCUUAUUUCCAAUUUAGAAAUGAAGAGAAAUGUAUGCAAGUCACUUAAGUCUUACCGGGUAAGAAUAACCUGUAAAAAAAUUGUAUACCUGUGAAAUGGAAUAACCAAGUAAACAUAUAUUGAAUUGUA